GGCAGUUUAUUUUUAUAGCCUUGCCACUCAAGUGCUUGACGACACCUGCACGUUUUCGAAUGGUCGGAAGGAGACAAAACGAAUAGCGUGAUAGCUACCCGGAGAGACACUUGAAUACUGCCGUCUAAAGUGUAAAUAUAAGAGUCAACUGGCAUCGUCCUAUUACUAUGCAUUCACGUUCUGUCGUUUUCGUCUUCUACAUUAUAUCAGGCAUUUUGGAAAACACAUCUCACGUUCAAGGAGUGGAGCCUAAGCCAGAGGAUACAGGACCUGAGAAAAAGCCAGCAACCGAAUCUGACCCACCUCAAGUUUCGACGGCGACAGAAAAUGGAAAUGACACUACAUCUACUGCUUCAAAUGGAACAAGUAAAAAUGAUGAAAAUACGUCCUCUGAACAGCCUAAGAAAGCAACAGAAGAUACAACACCUGAAACAAAUCCAAAGCCCACAUCUACGCAAGGUACACCACUUGCGCCUGUGAAUAUACCUGCACCUAUCAGCCUUCCAACGAUUCUAAAUACAAGAGGAGGAGGACCCUUUGGCCCAGCGGUCAGAAAUCCUUACUUGGUCCGCCAUGCCUGCAAGUUUUUUGGCAAUUCAUGCUUGCCACCAAAGUCCUGCAAGAACAAUUGGCGCCUACCGCUCCUUGGCUGCAGGAAAAAUGAAGUCUGCUGCAACAGUAGAAAAACGAGAAACUGCUCCAAACUCGGAGGAAAAUGCCGCAACGGAUGCCGCAAUUAUGGUGUUCCGUACCCUGUCGCCACUUGCAAGAUUAAAUGGGAAAAAUGCUGCAUUCGUGUGCAGUAGCAAGGGCCCAGAGCAACGCUGACUCGCAAAACGUUUUUCACGCUCUUUCAUGCCUAAGAUAUUCACUUUCAUGUAAAAGAAUAAAGAACUUAUUAA